UUUGUAUUUAUUCCUUUUUUACUUUUUUUUGGUCCCAUUCCCCCCAGUAAACCUGAGCCAGUUCCAGUUUGAGGACCUGUGAUCAGCAAUAUAAUGCGGAAGCCAAGCCCUCAGAAAGGAGUUCUACCAUGUAAAUAUCAGAAAUGAUUCUUGGAAUCCCUUUUUGCUUGUUAAGAAUAUUCAUCCCCCUUCUCUCUCCUGCUUCUUCACUGCUUAGAGGAAAGGGAUGGAUAAAACAAUAGACUGGAAAGAUGGCAAAAAGCACAAGUACGGGCGCCUGUCAGACUCUCCCUCUCAGUACCAAGGUCACUUUGUCUGGGAUAAAUACUUGAAAGAGACAUGUUCCAUCCCAGCCCCUUCUCAUUGCUUCAAGCAGUCCUACACCCCACCCACCAAUGAAUUCAAGAUCAGCAUGAAGCUCGAGGCCCAGGAUCCCAGGAACACCACUUCCACUUGCAUCGCCACUGUGGUAGGGCUGACGGGAGUCCGUCUGCGACUACGCCUGGAUGGGAGCGACAAUAAGAAUGACUUCUGGCGUCUGGUGGAUUCUGCAGAAAUCCAGCCCAUCGGGAACUGUGAGAAGGAUGGAGGGAUGCUGCAGCCCCCACUGGGUUUUCGGCUGAAUGCUUCAUCUUGGCCCAUGUUUCUCCUUAAAACUCUGAAUGGAGCAGAAAUGGCUCCUGUUCGGAUUUUCCAUAAGGAGCCCCCAUCUCCAUCCCAGAACUUCUUCAAGAUAGGAAUGAAACUGGAGGCUGUGGACAGGAAAAACCCUCAUUUCAUUUGCCCAGCAACCAUCGGUGAGGUGCGGGGUUCUGAGGUCCUCAUCACUUUCGAUGGCUGGAGGGGUGCCUUUGACUACUGGUGCCGCUAUGACUCACGAGAUAUCUUUCCCGUGGGCUGGUGCUCAAUGACUGGAGACAACUUGCAGCCACCUGGGACAAAAGUGGUGAUUCCCAAGAGCCCAUUCCCUGUCCCCGAUGUGAUCUCUGACAAGAGCAGUAUGCACAGCAGUACAAAGACCAUGCUGGACCACCAGCCUGGGCAGAGGGGUCGCAAACCUGGUCGGAAACGAGGCCGGACACCGAAGGCUCUGACCACCCAUCCCAUCUCUGCUCCCUCAAAGUCAGUGGAACCUUUGAAAUUUCCUAAAAAGAGGGGACCAAAGCCCGGCAGUAAGAGGAAGCCUCGAACUUUGCUGAAUCCAGCCCCCACCUCCCCUACAACCAGCACUCCUGAACCUGAUACGAGUACAGUGCCCCAAGAUGCAGCAACAAUCCCCAGCUCUGCCAUGCAAGCCCCUACAGUUUGUAUCUACUUGAAUAAGAACGGGGGCACUGGGCCUCACCUGGACAAAAAGAAAGUCCAGCAGUUACCAGACCACUUUGGGCCAGCUCGAGCAUCCGUGGUUCUCCAACAGGCAGUUCAGGCUUGCAUCGACUGUGCUUAUCACCAGAAAACGGUCUUCUCGUUCCUGAAGCAAGGCCACGGAGGCGAGAUCAUUUCAGCUGUGUUCGAUCACGAGCAGCACACCCUGAACUUGCCAGCCGUCAACAGCAUCACGUACGUCCUCCGCUUCCUCGGGAAGCUCUGCCACAACCUCCGCAGUGACAACCUCUUCGGCAACCAGCCGUUCACGCAGCACCACAUGCAGCACUCCCGCGAGUACGACCACGACAGGUACCUACCAGACAGAAGCAUUUCGUUAGAUGGCUCUCUGCAGGGACCAGGCCGGGGUACAAAGAGAUAUUUCCAAGAUUCCCCUCCAUACAGUGCUCCUCUUUCCCCCAAGUUAUCAAAGAAUGACCGUCACCCUUUGGAAGGGGAAACGUUUAUCCUGGGCGAUGGGCUGCCAAGUGCCUUGGAACCUCGCCUGGACCCAUUAGACUCCGCCUUGAAUGCUGUCAACGCGUCCAGUCCCAGCAGGACCUCCAGGGACUAUCGGCUGCAGGGGUACAGGCACCUACACCAGCCUUCCAGCCUCACGCAGUGCGGCCCCUCUGCUUUGCACAGGCUUAGCACUGGGGGCUCAGACAGAUACCUCGGACCCCGAGAUACCUCACGUGUGUGCUCCCGGGACCCAUCCACCUGGACAGUGGAAGAUGUCAUGCAGUUUGUGAGAGAAGCUGACCCUCAGCUCGGGCCCCACGCUGACCUCUUCCGAAAACACGAGAUCGACGGCAAGGCCCUGCUCCUGCUGCGCAGCGACAUGAUGAUGAAGUACAUGGGCCUGAAACUGGGGCCAGCGUUGAAGCUCACCUACCACAUCGACAAGUUAAAGCAGGGCAAGUUCUGAGCGACAGAGAGGCCCACCUUCAGUAUUCUCGCCUCCCCCUCGUGAGCAGGUAUGACUCGCCUGCGUUCCUCAGCCACCGUCUCAUGGAGCGAGGAGGACUCCACCUGCACCAUCUUUGCCAGUGAGAAGAGGAAAGUGCUCCUGAACAGCCCUACCCAAGGGAUAGAGGCUCUCUCUGCUGGCAUCCAGCAACUCACAGCUUACCUAACUUCAGCAACAAAGACGCUUUCCGUUGUGUGGAUGGGGACUCCAGGGGAUCUCACCAGAGCUGAGCUCAUGUUGGCUUUGACCCAUCUCCUUUGCCAGAUACAUCCUGCAGCUUGCCGUCCUUUUGCCACCCCUCUUUGAUAAGUCUCCGUCACACCAGAAGGAGAGCACGGUUUUGAACUCAGAGCUGCCCGGGCCAGGAGUUUUCUCCCCUGCCCCCUUUUUAAAAAACUUUUCGUGCCAUACAGGACAGACUGACAGUCUGCAGUGAGUCAGCUCAGACAUAAAACGAACCGCUGCUGCUAGCCGGAUUGUUCACUCCACUGGGUAUGUGGGCAGGGAGGGUAGAAGGCAACAAAGAUCUCCCUUCAGUUGGUGCUGGAACUUGCUUUCUGCCCUCAAGAGCUCAAGCGAACAGUAUUCCCACGUUGCUGGUGCGAAGGCAGAAAGCAUUAAUAUUUAUUUGGAAUAAGGAAGGGAAGAUAAUUGGGUGUGCCGCAGUGGAUCUGCAUUUGUGUUGCAAAGAACCAUCCCUCCCUUUUGAAGCUCACCAAGUGAGCCAAGAACAGCGGGGUGGGAAGAAAUCGUGGCUUUUUACUCAGAUGUCAUGGGGGAGAGACAACCAAGCAGACAGACUUCUUUUCUGUGUGUCUCCUUCCCUCCAUCCCAAGCCUGAAAUGUUUUCGUACUUACACUUGAAGUAGCCGCAGCAAAAUGGUUCUCACUCUACAUCGGUACCAACUUCUCCCGUUAACUUUGUCAGAGCCCUUUAUGCUUCCCUGACCAUUCAUGGGAGGGGGAAGACCACACAGAUGUGAAACCGGCAGGGGAGGGGAGGGGGGGCCUUGCCCAAACUCAGGCGGGGGACAUGAAUUGUUUUGUAUGUAUGUGUUCUGGGGAGGUGGGAGGGAUGGUUAAUGUAUUUAUUUUCAUGGCACUUGAGCGGUGGGCUGUCCUUGCCCCUUAGCAGAGAGCUUCUGCCACUCGCAAAACAAGAACGGGAAAGAGGGUUAAGCUGAAGCUUUGCUCCGAUUCCUCCGCAGCCUCUUCCUGGGCUGUCAGAAAGCAGAAGGAAGCUGUGUUUCAGUUGUCUGUGGCUCUCGUCCCUUUGGAAGGCUGCCGCAGAGAUCCUGCAGCCAUCAGGUGUGGGAAGUGUGCUCAGAGGCUGAAGCGCCUCCCAGGGCCCUGCCACCUCUCCCGUGGAUGGUUCUUCCCCUUCCCCUCCAGGCGCUCUUGGAACUGUCCCAGCAGCGAAGACUGAAGACAGAGUGGGGGGGAGUCGAGGGGAGGGAAGCCUCCACUACGAAGCAAUGAAAAUUCAUUGGCAAUAAAGCCAGUCUGCAGGGAAGGAGUGAGAACUCACAAACUGCGCAAGGGCAUGGCUGGCAUGGUCCUCUUUUGGAGGUGGGGAGGGGAGUUGCCUGGCUGCAGGACACCAUUUUGGGUGCACACUGCCUCCUGCAGGUAGCAGGGAAAGCCCUGCCAAUAAGUCUCUUUUUUUUCCUGCACUUAUUCUGUUGAUUUGUUUAUAAAUAAAGGGGGAAAAGUA